AUGGAUGAAUGGGUGAAAUUAACCAUUUUUCUGUGUGUCUACGGGUUCAUGAAAGAGAUUGGGCCAGAUGACCCGUUCAUUCUGCAUCACUUGGACAACCGAGAGCAAAAUGAAGCCAGAAUUUGGGAAGUCUUGACCCAGCUGAUCCUGACAACCAUGCUGUUUUUCUGUGCAGAUUAUUUCAGAUACAAACCAUUCAUUGUGAUUGGAGCUGUCUUUGGAUUGGCGGCCCAGAUCAUAAACUUGGUAUCAGAAGACACAUUUGCUUUGAUGGGUAGGCAAUGCCUGUAUGGAGCAGCUAAGGCGGCGGAAGUGGCUUAUUUCAGCUACAUCCAUGCCAAGGUGCCAAAAAUUAACUACACAAAGGUGACAAGCUUUUGCCAGGCGGCUGCCGUGGCAGGAGGCAUAUUCUCUGCUCUAGUCUCACUAUGGCCACUUCCCGGUUUAUGGAGCAACUACGUGACGAUCAUUGUGUUGGCGUUCGCUGUUUGUUGGCUGGUUUUGCUGCCCAAAGCUGAAACGACCCUCUAUUUUCAUAGAGCUAGGAUCGUCAGCUUAGGUGGCCAGGCUGAAAACAUCCAAGCUGGUCCAGCUCCAAAGCCGUCCAUCACAGUCGUACAGCAGCUGCUAUGGGAAGACUUCAAGGCCGCUUACUACAAUCCCUAUAAUACAAUCCCUAUCAGUUCAGUCGGGUCAGCCGAUCCGAUAAGACGUACUGCUCCGCUACCGUCUCGCAACCUCACGUCGCGCUGCUACUUCACGUGUGUGGCGUGUUUGUCUAAACGGCCUUGUGUAGUUAAAAAAGUGCUUUUUACGUACAUAAAUUAA